GCAGCUUCCUGGUCGCCCUAAAUUUAGUGGAUGACAAACCCGCUCCAUCAGCCUCGGCAAAGAAUAGGCAACACGGGUAGAGUGGGUGGGUCAUGAGCCUGAUGAUGUGAUGCCAUCGCCAGUGGAAGAAGAGACAUUUCUUCUUACAGCUCUUUGUCCGGCCAACUGCAGUAUCAAGUUCGGGAUUGCGAUUGGCUGGAUCACGAUGCGAACCUGAUUCACCGCCCGUCCUCUUCCUGCAGCUCAACUGAACGUCUGAAACUGCAACCUGAGCUCGCCUUUGUCUAUGAACGCCAUCCGAUUAGGUGGACAAUCACUGAGAAUGGCUGUCCAAUUGGCAGAGCUACCCGAAGUUGAGCGUCUCAGCCCGAGAUGCAUCCGCAUCCUGGGGGGCAACCCCGGCAAGUUCACCCUUCAGGGCACCAAUACCUAUUUGUUAGGUACCGGUUCAAGCCGUCUCCUAAUUGACACGGGUGAGGGCAAACCUUCGUGGAUCGAGGCCAUCAAGAGGACGCUGGAAGAGGAGAAGGCAUCCGUUGCAAGUGCACUCAUUACCCACUGGCAUCCGGACCACCAAGGAGGAAUUAGCCACCUCCUCGAGGUUUCCCCGAACACCAAGGUCUACAAGAACCAGCCGGGGGAGGGACAGCUGGACAUCAAGGACGGCCAGAAAUUCGAAACCGACGGAGCAACAUUGACGGCCGUCCAUUCCCCAGGCCACACAGACGACCACAUGGUAUUCCUUCUCCAGGAGGAAGAUGCCAUGUUCACCGGGGACAACGUCCUAGGCCACGGGACCGCCGUAUUUGAAGACCUCGGUGCAUACCUAGGCAGCCUACAGAAGAUGGGGAGUCUGUUCAAAGGUCGAGCGUAUCCUGGGCAUGGCCCAGCUCUGGCAGACGGGCCUGGGAAGAUUGCCGAGUACAUUAGCCACAGGCGACAACGUGAGGAUCAGGUCCUCCAAAACCUGCGAUCGAAACGGGCCGGGGUCGGGACAAGUGACAGCGAUUCGUGGGCGCCGAUGGACCUGGUCAAGGUCAUCUACAGCGACGUGCCCGAGAGUUUGCAUCCAGCCGCAGCGGGUGGGGUAGUUCAGAUUCUGCAGAAGCUUCAGAGGGAAGGCAAAGUGUCGCUCGCAGGCGAAAGAUGGAGGCUCAAUGAUCGUUCUCCUUUGUAAAGAAAGCAGCUCCUCUCCUGGGUUUUACUACCUGCUCAGGGACGAUCAAAUUUCUUGACGCUCAGCCUCGCCAGCCUCAUCAUGCGCGUUUAACCUACUAUGACGGAGGAGAUUUCCUCAAGAAGCUGUGCUGUGACGUC